AUGGCAUCUUAUCAUAGAAUAGCUCGGCGCUUCCUCAGCUCCCCGGUGAACCCGCUAUCUUCUUCUUCCUCCCUACGAUCUCCCGUCCAUUUCCGUACCCGAAUUGCCACCCGUAACGUCUGGACCUCCGGCGAGUCGCUACCCGUAUCCCGCGUUAGAAAGGCAUUGUUUGCGACGUCUAUAGUUGUAUCCGGCUAUCUGAUCUACAUCUACAGCACCGAUACUCGCGCUUUCGUUCAUCGCUAUGUCGUACCCCCAGGACUCCGCUUUGUCUACUCGGACGCUGAGGACGCGCACGAUACUUCCGUCUCCCUUAUGAAAACCCUGUACGAUCUAGGACUCCACCCCCGAGAGCGUGCUAGUUCAUCUCUGUCUGACGACCCGGAUCUUGCCGUCCCCGUCUUCGGGGAGCUACUGGUGAAUCCCAUUGCUAUCUCUGCGGGCCUCGAUAAGCAUGCUGAAAUCCCGGAUCCGCUGUUCGCCCUCGGCGCUGCCGUCGUUGAGGUGGGCGGCUGUACGCCCCAGCCGCAGGAAGGUAACCCGAAACCGCGCAUGUUCCGUAUUCCUACUUUGGAAGGCUUGAUAAACCGGUACGGACUGAACUCGCACGGGGCAGACAACAUGGCCAGGAGGUUGCGGGAUCGGGUCAGGUCGUAUGCCAAGUCGGUUGGGUUGGACGAGGCCAGCGUGCUAAACGGCGAGGCUAAUGUUCCUCCUGGAAGUCUGUUACCUGGCCACCUGUUAUUGGUACAGAUCGCCAAGAAUAGUAAGACGGACGAACGUGAUGUGGAAGCUGUCAAGCAAGACUAUGUGUACUGCGUGAAGCGAUUGGCGCCGUAUGCGGACGUGCUCGUUGUUAAUGUGAGCAGUCCGAACACGCCCGGCCUGCGCGAUUUACAAGCUGCGAAACCCUUGACAGAAAUUCUGAGCGCCGUAGUUGACGAGGCGCGGCGUACGGACAGGAAGCAGCCACCCAAAGUCAUGGUCAAGGUUUCGCCGGAUGAGGAUGAAGAACUCCAGAUGAAAGGCAUCGUGCAGGCUGUGUGGUCGAGUGGCGUCGAUGGGGUCAUUGUCGGCAAUACUACGAAGCGUCGAAGUAAAUUGAUCCCGCCUAAGGUGAACAUAACCCCCAAGGAGAAACACACCUUGACGGAAACGGGUGGAUAUUCUGGCCCUCAAAUGUUCGACCGAACCGUAGACUUAGUGCGACGGUACCGGACAUUGUUAGAUAGCCAGUCCUUGCAACCUGCUCAAACGGAAAAGGAGGUAGCCGAUGGGACCGUCGUUAUCGAAGAAACCAUCACUAAGCUUCCCGAAGGUGAGACAAGAUCUAUCAUCAUCCAGUCUCAAGAACCAAAGAUCAUUUUUGCAACAGGAGGCAUUACGGAUGGGCGGAAAGCCCUGGAGGUUUUAAAUGCUGGCGCAAGUGUCGCUAUGGUCUACACAGGUCUUGUGUAUGGAGGUGCUGGAACCAUUACACGCAUCAAGAAGGAGAUGAAGGAAGAGCUGGCUUCCAAAAAUUAA